AUGAAGAAGUUGGAUGAUACUAAAGGUGACAAAGAUAGAGAACAUCAUGGACUUUUCACAGGAGCUGAGAAGGGCCACAGGGGCAGGCCAAGAGGAGCACAGACAAGCAGCAGAAUUGGUGCCUUUUGCAAGACUGAAAUCACGACAGGUCCAGAAACUGAUGCCCAAUUCCAUUUCACUGGUAUCAAAAAAUAUUUCAACUCUUACACUCUCACAGGUAGAAUGAAUUGUGUACUGACCACAUAUGGAGGCACUGCUUUGAUGGUCUUAUACUUCAAGUUAAGGUCUAAAAAAAAACCAGCUGUGAAAGCAACAUAA